UAACCUAACCUCUCAAAAUUUUGUGUUGCCAAACAUGAAAACGUCAUGAACUAAGAUCAAUUUUUAAUGUUAAAACAAGAGCUGUUGUAUGUUUAUUACCAUACUACCACCUAGAUUAUAAGCCGUUGUUUAACUUAUUUCAAAAGGCUAAUAUUCAUAUAUCUUGUAUUUGUGUCUUGUGAUGUCUUAUUCUUGUAACAUAGGUGUUUGAAUAGUUGAAAUUAAUCAUCUUGUUUUAAGAAUGGCUGCAGUCUUAAAGAAAAGAGCUUUAGCUGAGUAUAGUCAAGUUAUUCAGGAGCAACCUGUGAAACCAUUUAAAAAACUUCGAUUAGUGAAGAAGAAGUGGUCUGAUACUUCAGCAGCCUCUGUAUUAAUUGGGCUUUUGGAAAAACAGAGGUCUAGUAAUGAAGCUUUCCAAUUGUUACUGAGAAUUUCUGACACACCACAUUUAGCAGAGGAAGAUGUUGCUGUCGCUGUGAAGAAGCUGGUAGAAUAUUAUCAACAACAAACAGAGUCUUUUGUUAAAAUUAAAAUUCUCUCUAUAUUUGGUGACAUUGGAAGUGAGCAGGGAGCAGAUAUUCAAAACAUAAUCGAUGAGACACUGAUGUUGCUGAAGAGGGAAACGUCGCAUCACGUCAGGGCGCAGGGCUUGGCCACACUGUUGCGCCUGUGCAAGCUGAUGCCAGACAACAUUGCUACUCACCAUAAACUCAUAUUGUUGGCCAAACAGUACCUAAACGAUACCAGCCACCUGGUGAAGCAGAAAGCCCUGGACGUGUUGGGGGAACUGUUGCCAGUAGGUCAGCAGACAGAGGCCAGCUUACAGACAACAGUGCGACUCAUCAGUGACUACGCCCAGAGUCAGGACGCUCGUGUACGCAGCACUGCCUUCAAUACUCUAAUUGUUCUUCAUGGAAGAGGUCUUAAAUUACAGGCCUCUCUUUACGAUGAGACUUGUGAAGCUUUGAAAGAUGACUAUGAGAUAGUUCGCAGAGCUGCCCUUCAACUGAUAUACUUGCUAGCGAAAUCAUAUCCUGACCACCCAGCCAAGUUGGCUGACAGUGAUGAGGAGCUGCGAUUGGUUGAUGAUGCAUUUGGAAAGAUCUGCAAUGCUGUCAAUGACCUGUCCAUGCGCGUCCGGACCCAGGCAGCUCAGCUGCUGGGUAGCCUCACCCUUGUUAGCCCUAAGUUCCUGCACCAGACCUUGGACAAGAAGCUGUUCUCCAACAUGAGGAAAAAAAGGUCAGCACAUGAACGAGCCUGGGAGAGUGUGACGUCAGGAGAGUGGUCAAGUGGCAAGAAGUGGGCAGAUGAUGCUCCCCAGGAAAUGCUAGAUGCUCACCAAAUCAACCUUAUCUCCAGUGGCUCGUGUGGAGCUUUUGUUCAUGGUCUUGAAGAUGAAUUUUUAGAGGUACGAAGUGCGUCAGUGGACUCUAUUUGUUCCCUAUCACUGAACAAUCCUCAGUUCGCUAACCUGGCCUUGGACUUCUUGGUGGACAUGUUUAACGAUGAGAUCGAGGAUGUGAGGAUCAAAGCCAUAGACAGUCUCACAAAGAUAUCGCGCCAUACUGUUCUUCGAGAGGAUCAGCUGGAGACUAUUCUUGGUGCUCUAGAGGAUGUCUCAAUGGAUGUGAGAGAAGGUCUGCACAGAAUGUUGGCUUCCUGCAGCCUGUCCACAAAAGGCUGUCUACAGAUGUGCGUUGAGAGUUUACUUGAUAACCUCAAGAAAUAUCCUCAGGACAAGAAGUCGACAUGGAGGUGCAUGCAGAGAAUUGGCUCCCGACACCCGGAACUGACACUACCCUUGGUACCAGAACUGUUAUCUAUCCACCCGUUCUUUGACACAGCGGAAGCUGAUGUAGAAGAUCCUGCAUAUAUAUGUAUACUGAUGUUGGUGUUCAAUGCAGCCCAGCAUUGCCCCACCAUGCUGCAGCUGUUUGAGGAAACCACAGUCAAACACUAUGGGUAUCUCAGGGAUACUAUGCCUCAGUUGGUGCCUCCUCUCAAGCUGGGUGCUCUGAUGACUACUGAGCUGGCCACUCUGCCCUCCUCCACUCCUCAGUUCCUGACCACUCUACUGUCCAGGCUGGAGGGAGCUCCCAACGCUCGGGUACACAUGGAGCUGCUUCUGGCUGCCGAGAGAGAUCUCAACCGUUUGGCCACCAUUGAUGACUCUGUAUCUGGAGCUGCCCAGUUCACUGCACUCUAUAUCACCAGCCAGCUGUUGAUGAGCAAGGUUCUGGCAGACAAGAUGUGGUGCUCUAAUGCCGCCAAUGCAUUACAGGGAAAUUCCAUUAAGAACUCCAUCAUCCAACUGCUUCAGCAUUGCUUCAAACUUCAACAUCUCUUCACGGGAUUGCGGUCAGCAGACAAGGCAACAGUUAAGCAGUUCAAGCUGAAGACUUUGGCCCUGCAACUGGUUCAUGUGGUGCGGGCCAGCAACCAUUCGGCACUGGCGCUGUGUCAGCACUUUCUAGCACAGGUAGAGCAGACCCAGCGAUUCCUGAGUGACCAUGGACUGGCACCAGACACAUUCACUCUACAAGUCUUCAAGCACAUGGCCUCACUGGAGGAAGCCAAACCUGGCACUGUAGCGAGGGUUCUGUUUCCUCUUCUGCAGACGUCGGCACCAUCCAACCCUCCACGACCCCAUACCGAUGUACGGAUGUGUAGGGCAGUUAUGUCGAUGCCAUCUGCAAGUGCUGACUCUGCUCUCAAGUUCACCGCUGGACUAGUGAUGGGUAUUCCCUUGGAUGCUGAGCUGUACAGCCUCCGCAACACCAAUACUCUCAGGCUUAAGGUCAAAUAUCCGGACCAGCAGACUCAGCUGAUUGUGCCACGUAAAUCUGACUUACGCCUGCUCAACCCAGAGUCUACAGAAACAACAGCCCCUGACUACCGGCUGAUGACAACUGUGCUCAUUUGUCACCAAGUGUGGACCGAGGCGCUCUACGUGGAUAUAAGUCUGGCCAUGGACUUGACAGAGUUGGAGGCUGGGCUCACACACAAGGUCAGCCACAGCCAAGACCCAUGCUGCAUUGAUCUCUGCAAGCCUAUCAAGGUCUACGUCUCACCCAAGCCUGUGCGCCGCGGCAUUUAACUACCAUAUACUUUAUUUGUAUUACAGAUGAUUUGUAAAAUAUUGAAUAAAACUUUUAAUGUAUA